CCGACCGAGCGGUGAUGGGUACCUGUCCCGCUGAGCGUGAGUCGCUGGCGCUAUGGAGGAGGCGCGACUCGACCAACAGCGCGCCGGUGGCGCGCGUGAGCCUGUGCCUGCCUGACGGCGGCCGUCUGCUGCGCGAGCUGCGCAUCAACUACAACAUCAGCGAGCUCCGAGCGCUGCUCGCCGACGAAAUCCAGUUCGAUCCAGACCAGCUGGAUAUCUUCUGCGGCCCGGACCUGGCGCUGGAGCGCGUCCCCGACAGCCUGGUGUUGGCGGGGCUGGACGUCGAGCGGCGCCAUGUGACCCUGCACGUACGACUUCGGUCAGCAGCCGACGGCGGCGCCCGGCCCAGCGCCGCGUGCCUGCCGCAGUCGGCCCCCGUCUGGCACGACUCAAAGACGUGCGACGGACAGGCGGUCGCGGCCCGUCUCGCCGCUGAUAGGUGGGAGCCGCGCGCGGAGCUGCGGAAAAGAUGAGCGCAUGCGGUCACACCCGGGAACGACAGCGGAGAUGGACGGCGCGCGUGCAGUUUCACCCAGGUGCGGUGUUGGAGACGAACAGUGUACGUUUAGUCACACCCGGGAGCGGCAGCGGAGAUGGACGGCGUACAGUCCCACCCAGGAGCGGCAAUGGAGGUGGACGGUGUGCGCACAGUCACACCCGGGGGCGGUAGUGGAGAUGGACGGCGUGCGUUCAGUCACACCCGGGAGCGGUAUUGGAGACGGACGGCGUACAGUCCCACCCGGGAGCGGUAUUGGAGAUGGACAGCGUGCAUAUAGUCACACCCGGGAGCGACAACGGAGAUGGACGGCGAGUGAACAGUCACACCCGGGAGCGGUGGUGGAGAUGGACGGCGUGCCUACAGUCACACCCGGGAGCAGCAGUGGAGACGGACCGUGCGCGUGGGAGCGAUGGGCCUGGUCUAGCUCAUCCAGCCGACGUUUGCUGACUUCUGUUUGUGAUUGAGCGCCAGCACUGCAGGCGUGUUGUCGACGACAGUCCGGGUCUCAUGUACACAAAACAGUGUUUCAGGGCAGAGAGAUAAGAAAAAGAUAGGUCGCGAUGAUUGUUGAAUGUUGCAUUGAUGUUUGGCAAUCGGGUGAUGAGGAUUGCUUCAAUGAGCUAUGGGGCCAAUGUUUUCAUCGCUCGAGUGAACGAUUCGCGUCUUCUGUUCGUUCUCCGCAUUAGGCGCAGCGUUUUGUUUCGCAGCCUGUCGUGACCAGCGUUAAAGUGAUGGGAAAGCGGUGUAAAGAUUGCAAGUUUGGGGUUGACAAAAGUGAUUGCCUAGAGGAAGCUCAUGUCCAUACCAUAACAAAGACCUUUCUUCAGCAAUG